AUGGUGAACACUCGAAGGACUAACUCUACCCCAGUUCCACAUCAAAAUGUUCCUUCUCGUCAAGAUAAUGAUGCUAUUUUGCGAGAAUUACGAGAUUAUGUUGUGAGCAUUGAUCGAAGAGUGAGGAGACAAGAGGAUGAGCUGCUAGUAAUCAAAGGUCAACAUGAUAGUCAUCAAGAAGAAAAUGGCCCUGUUGAUGAUAAAGCUCCCAGUGAUCACCAGUCAAUAGGUGAUACCCUUAGAGGCAUUGAAUCAAAAGGCGACAGUAGUGCAUAUUCUCAACACAACCUCGCGCGUAUCACACUGCUCUGGGAAAGUUUUAGGAAGUUCGAUCCUCCUAAAUUUGAGGGUAGGCUGAAUCCAUCUGAAGCUGAAGAAUGGAUCGAAAGGUUGGAAACUAUAUUCAAAAUAAUAAUCUGCACCUCGCAGGAAAAAGUGCAACUUGCUGAGCAGCUGUUACAAAAGGCAGCAAGGAAGUGGUGGGACAGCAUCAAGCCUUUUGAAAGUGUAGAGAUAACUUGGGAAAGGUUCAAGGAGAAAUUCUUCCAACACUAUUUUCCUAAUGCCCUUAGAGCGGAUCAAGAAGCAGAAUUCUAUGCCUUCAAGCAAGGGAACUUAAAUGAGGAAGACUUCAUUGCUCGAUUUCUUGAGUUAGUCAAGUACAUUACUUAUCCGCAGACGCAACCUGACUCAAAAUGGAUGGCUGAUAGACUACUAGAAAAGGCCAGGCCAGAAUUAAGAACAGCUCUGGCACCCUUGGAGAUUAAUGAUUUUGAAAAAAUGUGCACCAAAUUGCGAAUCAUUGCUAGAAGAAUGAGAGAAGAAGAAGCUGAGAAGAGAAAAGAAUCUUAUACAAGGUCCGUUCCAUUCAUGAGACCUGCGGGAGGAAUCAGUAAGAAGAAUACUUACAGCUUCAACAACUCCAAGAAGCGGUUUAAUCAGCCCUCGAGGAAUCAAUCUGGUGGACCUUCGAGGAGUCAAUUCAGUGGACCCUUGAGGAGUCAAUUCAAUGGACCUCCGAGGAGUCAGUGCGGGAAACCAGGCCACAUUUUCAGAUUCUGUGAGGAAGGCUCACGAGGUGUCAAUGAUACUAGAGCUGCAGUCCCGGGAAGAGUGUUUGCACUAUCUCAAGAAGAAGCUAACACUUCUCCUAAUUUGAUUAAAGGUAUUCUCAAACUCCAAGGCUUUGAAACUCAAGCUUUAUUUGAUUCUGGUGCAACACACUCAUUUAUAUCUAAUGAUUAUGUGCCUCGUCUAAGUAUGCAUAUGUAUGAAUUGCCUUGUGAUGUGAUUGUCUCUACACCGGCGGGAGCCUCGGUGAAAACUUCUAAAGCAUGCUUGAAUUGCAUGAUUGAAUUUGAGGGUAGAACAUCCACUAUAGACCUUGUUUGUCUACCCUUAAAGGGUAUUGACCUGAUUGUAGGAAUGGAUUGGUUGUCGGCAAAUGACGCCAUCCUAGAUUGUAGAAGGAAGACCAUUUCUUUACCGGUCGCCUUCGCCAGUUCUAGUGGGCCACAACUGCUGUCUUUAGUGCAAGUUGAAAAGUGUAUUCGAAAGGGUUGUCAAGCCUACAUGGUGUUCUUCUCUGUUCACACAACAGCUGAAAAGGCGUGUAGAGGAGAUUGCAGUGGUGAGUGA